GUUGUAAAUGUGCCUCCAUGGUACGGCCCGCCCGGUUCCCUGGAGAGCACAGGCUGUGCUGUCAAAAGUGUUUGUUUCAGGAUGUACACAGAAGAGGAAGCUAGGAAAUUAGGAGUGGUUGGCUGGGUUAAAAAUACCAGUCAAGGAACUGUAACAGGCCAAGUUCAGGGCCCAGAAGAUAAAGUAAAUGCAAUGAAAUCCUGGCUGAGUAAAGUUGGAAGCCCAAGUUCUCGCAUAGAUCGAACAAAUUUUUCCAAUGAAAAGGAGAUUCCCAAGCUUGACUUCUCAGGAUUUAGCACUAGAUACUAA